CCUGUUGUGACAGAGGCGGGGCACGCGGUGAUUGGACGUGACGAGCCCCCCCUGUGUCACGAUGCUUCAGUUUUGUGCGUACGCGCAGGCGCAGCGACCCCUCUCUUCUGAUAUUUUAUUUACUCCCGAAACCCAAGAUGGCUCCUGUGAAUGUCUCGGUCCCAUAGCAAAUUGAGGAUGCAAGUAGCUGUCGUAAAUACAACUUUUCCCCGACCGUCGCAUCCCCUGGAGUUCAAUUCGUAUGGUGCGGAGGAGGCCGUAACAUCCGUCUAGGCAUUGAGCAGCCGUCGGAGCUUCGCGAAACCUUCUUCAAUCCACCAAUUUGGAGUAGUUUCGCGAAGUAACGUUAGCUCUUCUCCUCGCUGUCUGUCCGGAGAGAGGUUCAGGCAGCUCAUCCAAAUGGCCGAACCGAGAAAAGUGCAGUUUGUCACCCUCUCGGCCUUCGCAGCUGGAGCAGCCGCGGAGUCUAGGAAACGCCGGCUGGAGGAUGAGGCCGACUCCAACUUCGGUGCAGCCGGGGAGAUCGAGGCAGCGACCGGGGCAGGGGGUGCUGCCAGCAACGGUCGUCUCGGCAAAACCGGCGACAGGGACACGGCUGUAGCUGAGAAGAGGGCGACGGUGCGGCUCAACCUGUCCCUACCCGAGCCUGACGACCGCUCCUCCGCCGAGUUUAAUUACGGCGAAAUCAUCCAAAACCUCCAGGCAAAGAAUAAUCCUCCAAGUCUGACUUCAGCCCACAAUCCCAACGAGCCCUUCGACGAUGACGAGAGAGAGCGGCUCCAGGUUGAGGCCCUGGCAAAAAAGUUUGAAAAUAAAUAUGGUAACACAGAGAAGAAGAAGAAGAAGGACAGAAUGCAAGAUUUGAUUGAUAUAGGCUUUGGCUACGACGAGACAGACCCCUUUAUUGACAACUCAGAAGCUUAUGAUGAGCUGGUGCCUGCCUCUUUAACUACAAAGCUUGGGGGAUUUUACAUCAACACUGGCACGCUGCAGUUCAGAGCGACCUCUGACUCCGAGGGUGAGGAGGACAAGAAGCUGAAUGACAACAAGGAACAGGUGAUUAAGAAGAGAAAAAAGAAGGAAGUGAACAAUCUGGAAGAGAAGGCAAAGAAGAACAGAGGACCUCAACAAGGCGUGACAGUCCUCAAUCUCCACCGGCCAGAGAAGAAGAAGAGGAAGAAGCUGAUGAAGGACUCGCUGUACCUGGCGGCCAUGCUCCGCCGCUUCACCCGGGAGAAGGAGGAGAUGAGGAAACGACAACCGAACAUGGCUGACCCCGGCCUGGCAGGAGGUGUGGCUAACAAGCCCCACUCCACCAACUCAACAAACCACCUGUUAGCCUCUAACUCCACCCACUCACAAGGCAACACAGCCAGCAACGACUUCUCACUGGCAGACCUCACCUCGGACCCCGCUGUAAUGUCACUGCUGGGCUCGGCCAAUGAGAAGGAGCUGCAGGAUCUCCUAGGCGACCUGGACUUUAGCGUGUUGGACACUGACCAGCAGCACGUCAUGGUGGCGGCCAGGGAGAAUGGCAUUCUGGGAGUAGGUGUUCCGGCCCCUAAAGCAGCAGCAGGUGGAGGUGGCCAAGGGCGAGGCCUGGGUUCUUCCAGCGGACUGUUUUCUCCGCCUCCGCUGCCUGAUGGGCUGCCUGCUCCUCUUAUUAAACGCAUCGAGGACCUGCGGGCGGCCUCGCGGCAGUUUGAUCAAGAGGGCAGGAAGAAAUUUUUCACCUUGGACAUGAAUAACAUUCUCCUGGACAUUGAGCUGCAGGUCCAGGAGCAACCUCCCGAGGUGCGUUCAGGCAUCUACUCGCACAUGGAGGCAUUUGUGCCGUGCAACAAAGAAGCCCUCCUCAAGCGCCUGAAGAAGCUCAGUCUCAACAUCCAGGAUGAUCGCCUACGGACGCCGCUGUUGAAGCUGAAGCUGGCAGUGUGUAGUGUGAUGCCAGAGCAGAUAGCCAGAUACAACAUGGACUGCAUGGCCAAGGUUGCAAAGCAGCAGUCGGAAGAGGGGGAUAAGAACGGAUCAGAGGAAGAAGAUGAGGAAAAGCCUGGGAAAAGGGUGAUGGGCCCACGGAAGAAGUUUGUCUGGGAUGAUAAGCUCAGGAACCUGCUGUGCGGCUUGGUGCGAGUGAAGCUGAGCUGCUACGAGAUGGAAAACCAGUGUUCUCUGUCUGUGGAGGACUACCUCAAGGCCUUCUUAGAGAAUGAAGUCAAACCACUAUGGCCCAAGGGCUGGAUGCAGGCCAGGAUUCUGCUCAAGGAAAGUCUUUCUGUUCACAGUCACCUCACUGGAAACCUAGUCAAAAGGAGAAUGGUGCCUGGGCCCAAGGCCAAAGCCAAGGAGGGUGUUUGGAUCCACAAAUCACCUCUCACCAUGACCUCCACUUCGUCUCUGCCCACCUCCGCAGUAGCUCUGACCUCCACCCGCCAGCCCCCCUUCUCCUCUUCGCACCCAGAGCCCAUCUGUCUGUCGGACUCACUGGAUGAGGAUCUGACUGCUCCCUCUCUGGACUCCAUCUCCCACGCUCUGGCCCUCCUCAACAAUGCAUCUAAGGGCAUAAGCCUCUCAGACAGUCCCUUGUCGCCCCCACCCCUGCAAAUGCCCACCUCCUCACCUCCCCCCGUCACCCCUCACUAUCCCUCAGCCUCUCAGCUCUCUGCCUCGAUCGCAUCCACAACGCAGCAACAUUCCCUGUCUAAGGUGGAGAGCACUCCGCUGGCAGCUGCGUCUGCUGGGAACUUGCCAACAACAACGCUACCAACCUCCUCUUCUACCUCCUCUUCCUCGUCUCCCACGGUUUCCUCAUUGGCUCGUGUGCAGGCAGCAGGCCUGUCGCUGGCCUCCAGGACUGCAGGUGGCCCCUACAGCCUGAUUAAAGCAUCUGGCACCAUGGGCCAAACCCAGACUCAGAGAAUUGUUACCAUGUCAUCAUCCAAUCACAGGCCAAGCUUGGUGAUGUGUGGGAGUGGCAAGAUGCAUCCACACCUGUCCCCGUCGCCUCCGAAGCAGCGGCCUCCUCCCACGGCUUCUCCUCUGCUGCCCCCCCAUCAGAAGGGCUUUGUUAACCCGGUGGGCAUGCUGGGAGCUAUGGGAGCCCCUCAAGGACUGGCCAAGAGCAGUGCCAAAGCCAGUGGCAUCAACAGCAAUGGCAGCGUGAGCAGCAGCAUCACACCUUGUUCCUCCCCCUCCUCACUGUCCCGCUCCAACUCUACCACCCAUCCUGGCCUGCAGUCCUUCUGCCCUCCCUCCCCGGUGGCCUCCUCGCCAUCCCCCACCUCCCAUACGUCACACUCCUCUCAAGGUAAAUCCCACACACACCACCACCACUACCAGGCCAACUUCAUCACGCCCAUGCAGGCCACCCUUACCAAGUCCUCCCACAGCAGCAACUCCUCUCCCAUCAUCAAGCUCACCCCUCGGCCUCCUGCGCCCACCCCACCUCCCUCACCCUCCCCGUCAUCCUCGCCGUCACACCCGCUCUCCCAUCAGAUGAUCCCUAGCCAACAGCAGCAACACCAAUACUCCCCCAAAACCCCCAAACCUUUUCGGCCCCCCUUCAGUGUAUCGGGUGGUGGGCAGGUGAAGCAGACGCAGGGCAGCUUCAGCUUCGCCGGAGGCCAGAAAGCUCAGUCCACGACGAGCAACAGUAGCAUCACCAACAACUCCAUCAACAACAAGGGAGUGAUAUCCGCUCUUUGCAGUCGCCCAGACAAAACUCCCCUGUCUUCUGCACCUUCAGUCUCAGCCAACCACGGGCAGAGGCAGAGGGUGGUGGGCGGGGCUCAAAGCUCAAAGACAGGAAACGGUUGGGCGGCUUCAGGAACUUUGGCCACGUCCUCCACAACGUCACACCUCUCACAGGUAUCAACAGCAGGCACUUCCCUCCUGGGCAGCCCCUCAGCUCUGCCCCUGGGCUUUGGGAUGUUGGGAGGCCUGGUGCCCGUCUCGCUGCCCUUUCAGUUCCCCUCGUUGCUCAAUUUCAGCCCACCUGGAGCCCCAGGGGCCGCUGGCAUGGGCUCAGUCCCCAGCUCCAACUCAGGAUACACCCUAGCACAGAGCGACCUAAUGGAUCUGUAUAAGAGUCUCCAGUCAGGGUCGCAGGCAGCCCUACCUCCUCACUUGCAGCUUGCUUUCUCAGAUGCGAACCAAAGCCAAGGUGGAGACAUGAAGAGGAAAUCCCACUGACCAAUAACGGCGCAGGAGGCCGACACCAGUGGGGUGACAUCACAGCCUCCUGGACACAUCUACCAACAGGAAUCUUCACUCUGGUUGACUGACACAGUGAUGUGGUAUGAGGGAGCGGGGCUCCACUGCCUCUUUUAAAAUGGACCUAAAGGAGAAUCCGUUUAUCCUCGCUACAAGUGGCAAUGAUGAAUUAAUUUAACUGUAUUUUCUAAUGAACCGGGUAUGAGAACAAGACUGAGUGAAUGACAAGAACACUUUUAGUUUUGUUCAGCUUAUUUUAAUUUUUUUGUCAACAUGUUUACAUAUGACUGACCUUGAUCACUGUGGAAUGAGUGUGAGCGAGGUGGUGGUACAGAUGAGAGUAGUAGUACGCUACGUAAUAUAAUUUGUAUUUAAGCUAUUGUGGAAUAACAGGACUCUUGUUCUUGCAGUACAAAAAGAAAAAGAACCGACUGAGUUUUGAAUUUUUAUUUUUCUGUCUUUUUGGGAAUCGUUGUGUCCAUAGAAAUUGUAUUGUUGGUCACCUCUGCUCCCACAAAUGACUGUUAAGUAGUAGCUUAAAUUAAUAUUGAUAAAUUAUUUGUAAUUUACACAGGGACAAAAGUGUGUGUGUGUGUGCGCGCCGUGAGGUUGUUUUGAAUGUGUGUAUGUACAUAAAAAAAAAAACAUUAUACUGUUAAUCUUUCCAGAUUAUUCUGUAUGAAUGGGUAAAGCUGUGUAUCCCCUUUUCACAAUAAUGAGUGAGUGUAAGUUUGAUGCCCCUCUCUUGCUCAGUGUGUUUUUGGUGCUGUUAAAUCACACUGGACCUUUUCUGGAAAAAAGACUUGAAUCGAAAGUUUUGGGCUCCUCUUCUGAAGAGACGAGCCACCUGUGAGAGAGGGGAGAAACGUCAAGAUUGUAGCCUACUUGAAUUGUUUUAGUUUUUUUUUUUUUUUUUUUAAUGUGAGUUAAGAUUUUUUAUUUACUUUCUCUGCUUGUUGACUCAAACCAACUUAAUAUAACUCAAACCGACUUAAUAUAACACAACGCCUUAGUUUGUAUUGAAAAAGUAUGAAAAAGAUCUAUGCAGGACUGUAAAACGCUCAAUGCAAAAGUGCAAGUCGUCGCUUGGCUUUCAACCUCUACUCCACUUGUCAGUGCAUUUCUGUGAAUGUUUGUAGAUGUCACCAUAGACUGUAAAAUUAGAGGACGUAGCAUCCGUAAUGUUAUCCAUUGGUUUGUGGACUGCCAUUUUGAAGCUUCAAGUUUGUCAGUACAGGCGUUACAUCUUGUUUGUUUUUUUUGCUACCGGAAGUGACUAUUUUUGACGAUUUUCAACCCUUCUGAAGCGAAUCAUGCAGUGGAGAUUUACCCACGAGUAAACACGGGCCUCCAUGUACUGCCACCAUUUAUCUUCCCAUACGGCGGUACAGAAAAUUGGCAAACUUUCCCUUUAAGUUAUCAACUAGGGGUAGCUAGCUAGCUUGGUUGGCAUAAUGCUGAACAAGACCUUUUUAGGUGACCAAAUGUUCCAAUUAAACGUGCAGUAGGUAAGACUUAUAAAACUAACUUUCUGUCAUAUUUGCUGAAACUGACCCUAUGUUCCAGUAGACC